ACUUCCUCCUCGGGUGCAGGUGCGCGUCGUCGGGCGGCCGGUAUCCCCCACGGGGGCGAGCUAGCGGCACCAGGACGAGCGGAGCAACGACGAGCUGCGCCUCGGAUCGAUCGACGUCCGGAGAGCGGCGCUCGGAGGUGGUGAACGUCGAAGAGGAAAGAGGACGACGACGAGGAGGAGUCGAUCCGCCGUCGAAGGUAAAGCGAGGUGGAACCGGCUGAAAAAGAGAAGAAGAAAAAAAGAGGAAGGCUGAAAGCGAAGAGGAGGCGCGGUGGUGGUGGAGACGGCAGAGGGGUCGAAAGGUUGAGCGACCUACGGACCAAGACGAGGAGGAGGUGGCGGAGAGAAAGGGGCGCCGGCAGGAGGGCAGGAGGGGAAGGAGGAGGAGGAGGGGGAGAACGACCGGAGAAGAAGGACGGAGAAAUGAUCUUGGUAGGUGACUGGCAAAGUGCUGCGGUGGUCGACUCCUCGACAAAAGGCAGAUAGCGCCAUUAGUCAUUGCCGGGGCACGGAACAUCGGGCCCAUGCGUGUUGCGGCCCUGGCCGUGGGCGAAGAAGGGGAGGAGGAGGAGGAGGAGGAGGAGGACGAGGAAGAGGAAGGGGAGGCAGAGGGCCGUGCGGGGCACCACUACGGGGCCCGCGGGCCCGCGAUGCGCUCCGUGGCUGCCGCGAUAGUGGGGGGCAGGAGUCAAUGGUCCAUCACGACGUGUCCGAUUUUCUUUGUGCUGUUGUUCCUACCCGUCUGGACUCUGAUGGCCGUCGUCAACGCGUCUCCUCUUCAUCCCGCACCUCCGCAUAGAGAUAUCACGCGCAGCUCGUAUAUCAGGUACUACGAGGCAGCCACAUAUGACACCGUAGCCUUGAGACGACAUCGCAACCGGAUACGCCGCGACGUCACCGACUCCGAGCAACCCCUGAUUUUGAACCUGAAGACGCUCGACAGAUCCUGGACGAUACGCUUGUUUCGCGACGCGAGUCUGUUCAGCAAGGAUGUAUCCUUCGAGGGCACGAACGGACCGAUAUCUUUCGACACGUCGCAUUCCUACGUCGGUACUGUUUUGGAUGACGAGAGCGCCGUGGUGCAGGGCGUCGUUACGCAGGACGGUCUCUUCGACGGCAGUGUCGUGACCAGAUUCGAGGAGUACUAUAUCGAGCCGACGAGCAGGUAUUUGAAUAAAAAUGAAGACACGUCGCCGCCCUAUCACAGCAUAGCUUAUCGCACCUCCGACGUCACCACCCCGCCACAUCCAUUACCCUGUGCCAGUCAUCAGCUGCACCAAAAGGGGUCUCUUCGUGAUUCCUUCGAUAGAUAUAGGUACAACAAUUCUCAGGCAUUCUACGAGCCCCUGCUCGGCGAGCACGUUGCUCUCUACUCAAGGGAAAACAAUGCGAGGGUGUUAACGUUGGAAACGAGUAAUGACGUCGAGUACACGGACGCCGCGAGCGGCAAAGAUCGGAUCGCGAGGCAUCUGCACAAGCGCGCGACCGUAGAUCCCCGGAAAACUACCUGCAUGCUCUACUUGCAAGCGGACCAUCAGUUUUUCGCGCGAUACGGCACGGAGGAAGCCUGUAUCGAGGUGAUGACGAGGCACGUGCAGAAAGUCAACUCCAUCUACAAAUACACAGAUUUCAAUCAAGACGGGCGGUCGGAUAACAUCAGCUUCAUGAUCAAACGCAUCAAAGUGCACAGCGAGGAAGCGUUGAGAGAUUCUAAUUAUCGUUUCCCAGGCAAUUACGGGGUGGAGAAAUAUUUAGAGCUCUUUUCAGAGGAGGAUUAUGACGCAUUCUGUCUGGCUUAUAUGUUCACGUAUCGGGAUUUCGAGAUGGGAACUCUGGGUUUGGCAUGGACAGGCGAUCUCAAGAAUGCCGGCGGCGUGUGUGAAAAGAACGGGCAUUACCGCGGCAGCAUGAAAUCACUGAACACCGGUAUAGUGACCCUAUUAAAUUACGGGAAGCACGUACCGCCUGCGGUCUCUCACGUUACUUUGGCUCACGAGAUCGGCCACAACUUUGGCUCACCGCACGAUCCGGAACAAUGUACACCGGGCGGCGAGGACGGCAACUUCAUAAUGUUCGCCCGUGCUACCAGCGGCGACAAACGCAACAACAACCGCUUCAGCCCGUGCAGCCUGAACGCCAUAAAUCCUGUGCUCAACAGCAAGGCACGUUCGCCAAAGGGAUGCUUCACCGAACCGCAAGUAUCGCUGUGCGGUAACGGCGUGGUGGAGGAGGGCGAGCAGUGCGACUGCGGCUGGGAAGAAGAUUGCAGAGACUCGUGCUGCUUUCCCCAGCGCCGUUAUCCGCCGCCCACGGAGACCCCGUGCACGCUCACACCAGGCUCGAAGUGCAGUCCUAGUCAAGGUCCGUGCUGUACUGGCGAAUGUGAGUACCGUUUCGGAGAGAAGUGCAGAGAUGACAACGGCUGCCGCGAUGCGAGCUUCUGUCACGGUGAUUCUCCGUAUUGUCCGCCGUCCAUUAACAAGCCUAAUAAGACCAUCUGUAAUCGUGAACUGGUUUGCUUCAUGGGGGAGUGCACUGGCAGCAUUUGCUUGGCAUACGGAUUGGAAUCUUGCCAAUGCAUACCAGGCCCGAGCGAUCCGCCGACGAAGGCUUGCGAGUUAUGUUGUCGACUUCCCGGGGAAAAUCAACCGUGCCUAUCGUCUUUCGACUGGAACUCCCCGCCAUAUGAUAUUCCCGACAUGUUCUCGAAACCAGGAACUCCGUGUAACGAUUAUAAUGGCUACUGUGAUGUCUUUCAAAAAUGUCGUGAGGUUGAUCCAAGCGGUCCAUUAGCAACUUUAAGGAAGCUCUUAUUAUCCGACGAGAGCCUUGCUACUUUCAGACGGUGGGUCGCUGAACAUUGGUAUGCAGCCGCUCUGAUAGUUUUAAUAGCGAUAUCGUUGCUGGUGGCCAGCAUGAGAUUACUGGGCAAACGACCGGACCUGAAGCUAAAGUCCGUCACGAUAAUCCACAGUUCUACGACGGAAACGGUACGGCUUCCACCGGAAGGUACGGAAGGAGUGACGGUGCAUCCACCGGCACGUGCCAAACUUCCUCUUAGUAAGAAGGUCAGAGAAAAGAGGUGUCAUCGCAAACAUAAAGAUGGUGGACACGCGGACAAGUCUAAGGACGCCAAGAAGAAACAGCAAAACCAACAGACGAAGAGAUCAUCUACCGGACAGGUGGACGAUUUUGCGCGAAAAAGACCGGCCGAAGUUGCGGCUGCUGCAGCGCAGGAGAACAAACGGAAGAAGAUUACAUCGGCUAGAGAUAAAGGACAAAGUACCAGCAAUAAUCCGGCCGGCGGCAGCGGCGGCGAUAAUGACAAGAGGAAGCGUAAGAAGACACAUAGAAAGGAGGUGAUCGACUAUUCGGCAAUGCAAACGGAUAAGGAACCAGAAACAAACGCUGAUCCUAAAAGCAAGGUGCGCUCUUGGUUAUUGGCAUCUUCGCAAUGCCGACCAGAAAUCGGUGCACGGACCAACGUCAAUGGUUUGCCGAAAAGCAAGUCGACCCCGGUGGGUCUGACGGUUAGCGGAGGAGCAGUGGGGUCCAGAGUGCCGGUGUCGAGGCAACAGGCGUUGACAGCCACUCGACGUCCUGGUGCGGAAACUGGAAGGGCUGGUGCGGAGAUGAAGAACUCGUCGAAUUCCCUCGCCAGGAAGGAACGUGCGAGGCUUCAGGUGGUGUACAAGCCGCCGUUCCGGUUCAGCGUAAAGCUACGCAAGUCCGAUAAAGUAGCGCAGGCACCGGCCACAGCUGUAAAUCAUACGAAUAGCAGAACGACGAAACUGCCGAGGACCGGGGUGCUUCUGCGAACGGUCAAGAGGAAAGAUCGAGUUAGGAUAGGCAGAGCACGACAAAUCGCUCCUACCGGCAUCGGAAACAGCGGCGGUGAUCUGCCGGAACCGGCCAACUCCGACUUGCACACCGUACCCUCCGAUCUGGAAGUACUGCUAUCCGAGAGCGAGUUUCUCUUCUCGGACACGUGACCAUGGAUUUCGAUAUUGUUUGAGUUUAUUUCGAAUCGCUACGCGACUAAGUAGGUCUUGCAUAAUUUCAUCCCUUGUAUCCGAGCGCGAGAAUAAAUAAUACUUUAGGAUGCGCGGGAUGAUAGAUAGUUUCGCGUUGAAUAGCUAGCUCGUGCGUGGAAAAAUCCCGUCCGAGAACGUGGAAGGGAAGAUUCGUUUAGUUGCCCGAUUUAUCGAACAAUCUUGGUUUGUUUUUCUUUCAACUGUUCGCUCUAUAAGCACACGUCGCAAAGACGUGACAUUGAUUUUCGUCAUUCUUCCUUUCCUCAUCUCUAGAGUGGAGCAAUAGCGCGGCGACAGAUUAUACGUUUGCGAACGUUCGCGCUGUGAUCGGCGAUGAACGUUUCUCACGCGCGAUUGCGAUGAACGGAAUUUGCGCUGACGAACGUAUAAAAUGUGUCGGCGCUAGUUUUUCAACGAUCAAGCCAGUUUUCUUCUUCCAAAGAAAGGGGCCAAAUCCAUCGUUUAAAGUGCGACUGGUGUAAGCGCCGCAAAUAUAUAAAUAUUGAUCUACUCGUCUAAUAUUUCCCGGAACUAUGCUAUGAAUGCAGAUUACAAUUCGUUUUCGAUGGUAGCUUUAAAUUUUCAGGGAUCAGUGCGCAACAUUAAUCUCAAAAUGCAAACGCGGUAUUUUGGGACGUCGAAAGUAAUGCUUUAUCUUAAAGUCUCUUUACACUGUGCCUGUGCUGUUACUCUGUACCCUCUUUUCUGACGCUUAGGGAAAAUCACGUCUGAGAAAUGGCGUAGUUUUCAUUUAAAUGGCGAUAUAUCGGUCGUAAGAGGAUGACAAAAUUGCGUCGGCAGCCUUGAUUGACUAACUUUUAUUAGUCGCUCCUUUUGAGAUUAUAGCCCUAGUUAUAAUGUAGUCGUAACAGACACUACAUUACGGUCGUUGCUAUGAUACGGCUAUAAGAUACUCUAUAUUUUAACCCUAGCUGUAACAUAGCUAUUAUAUACUUUAUAUUAUAGCCCUAGCUAUAAUAUAGUUAAAAUACAUUAUAAAAUUGCGACAUUAUAUCUUUAGCUAUGAUAUAAUUAACACGUAACUCUAUAUUAUAGCUAUUGCUAUAAUGUAACGUACUAGCUAGGGCUAUGGUAUCGACGCAGAGGAACAACACUUAAUGUACCACGAUCAGAGCUGAUCUGACAUUGAUGGAAGAAACCGUAGAAUGUCAGGCAAGUUCCGAACAGAUCGUCGAGAGGGUCUCUUGUUUCUUCGCCGCCCGAUCUGCCUGUAACGUUAAAAUAACGUUAUUAUUCACUCGUGGUUCCUAUUGUCGACAAUUUCUAAUCGCAUCUCGUGAAGCUUCUUAUCGGAUAUACUUUGCAUCUUCAGUACAUCCGUGAGAAUCACGGGACGAGCCGACAACGGAUAUUGCUUAUAUUUUCAAGACUAUACAAAAUAUCUUCAGUGACACCCAUUACGCCGACUUUUGGCGAUUUUCGUUGCUCGUGAUUGUUAACGGUGGAGACGUGCUGUUUCUCCUAUUUCAUACUCGAUUUUCAAAUGUUGAAAUCCAAUAUCUGGUGCUAUCAUUUGGUAUACUUAUGCCUCUUACAUGUCUGACCGCAUUUCUGAAUGUAACUUCUAUUUGUACAUAUGUUUUAUCGCUCAGACAUUCCUGUUCGCUCUGCAAAAGAUAAUUGAUUAAUUAGAAUCGAUAGAUAAUUGUUCUUUUAUAAUUAAAUUUCUUUUGUCAAAGAAAUUUCUGCAGAAAAAUAUCCAUAUAAUCAAAUUUACUGUACAAUACUUAAAGUAGAAGAAAACAUUUUUAAUUUCAAAAUUAAAUUGAGGAGAUACGGUUACCAUUUGCUUCGUAUUACAAGCGUUUUAAAAUUCAUACAUUUACAAAAUGGACUUCUAUCGAUUCUGCUUAAUUGAUGUUCUUUUGCAACGCAUUGUCGAAUGUAUUUGCCGAGUUUAAGUUCCUUGCGCUCGCGGCACGUGCACUCGAGCUAAAAGCAUAUCUCGAUACAGAGUAUUGCGUGUUCGCGUUUCACGAGUCAGCUUCAUGUGCAUUCCCCUCGGGUGUGUCGCCGUGAUCCCCCUGAACUGCCCAUGAUUUCACCCAUGACGACAAACCGCGAUAAGCCGGCUCGGUUAAUCGUUAUGAAAUCAACUAAACUAGCUCUUAUUAGCCAACACGUAUGAGUACGGUUAAUGCAUCCUCUUUAAGAUCCGUUUACGAUCGCCGACUUCUCAUACCACCGGCUCUACGUGUCGAGACUAUGAGGAGUCGCUUUGUAUAAUAAAGUAACAAGGUCGGAUCGAUACGGACUCGAUACUCAAGGAUAAUAACAUUAAUAAUAUUAAUACGCUCGUUGGCGGCAUUCAUUUUUGUAUCAUUCCUUAACAAGAAGUAUUAUUCAGCGGGAGAACGAGAGAGAUAGAGAUAACGUAAAAAUAACUAGCUACAUUUUACGUAUAAAUUACUAAAUGAUAAACAGGGUCUGAUAGGUUUCUUUUAAUUUGAUUGAAGCUAUUUGACUAAAAUUAUUAAUAUGGCUGCGUAUACUUGUAUAAUUUAACGUAAGCAAGUCGUAUUUAAUUUAAAAUAUACACUGUUCGAAGUUAAAUGAAUUAACUUCUCCGGCGAGUGAAAGUUUUAUCUCCGAACCAUGUACUAUUUUGAAUUAAAGAAAGCUUAUCGCUAAUUAAUUUUAUUUCGUUUUUUAUCUUUUCAAAGAAUGUGUCAAUCAAUUAUUAAAACUUAGCGCUAUAUUCUAUUGAUACGCAUUUGUUAAGUAAAAAGUUGAAGCCUAAUUUGUUAAGUGAGCGAUAUUUUAACUUCCAAAGCUCAUAAGAAUAUUUAUAAUUAUUACGUAUAUAGGUAAGCUAAGACUUCGCAAAAAUUGUGCUUUGUCUAAUGCGGUAACUAUACGUGGCCGACCGUAUUUUGUACGUCCAUAAUUAGUUCUACAACUGCGAAGCAGGUGUUCAUAAUUCAACAAUUCGCCAGAAAGAUCCGCUUGUGCGCGCGUAUGUGUGUAUGUGUGUAUAUACAUACAUACACACGCUCCCGUAAAUGUACUUAAUUCAUAAGAAGAUGUGAUGUUACUUUUACAUGAACCCUUAGACAGAAUUGCUUAAAUUUUAAGGAAGCGUGCUUUUACUUUUAAGACCGAGCUGUGUUAUAUCCUGUCUUAAAUUAAUCGGGAAUUGAAAUCGAUGUCAUUUCGAUGAGUUAAAAAAUCUCGAUGCUAUAUCGUGGAUUGAAUAAAAUUUAAUUUAAUGGGAUUUAUUUUAUAAAAUUGGACGCGUUCUAUAAAAGGGGAAUUUAUCUUAACGUAAUUCUUAACUUUGAGUAAGAAGUUAAUUUUUAAUUUAUAAGUUAUUUGAGAUAUUUGAAAAAUCAAUACGUUUUACACAUUGAAAACAGAAGAGAAUAAGAAAGGAUGAAGAAAUAUAGCAUCUGCAGCAUUUAAAUCCACUGAAAUCUCAGUUCAAUUCCCGAAUCUUUAACCAGUUUAACCGAUUAUAAGCCAUGUCGCGCGAUUCACUUUGUUGUGCCUAGUCGCUGCGCAGAAAUCGCUACGAAUUCGCGUGCGAGCGCGGCGAGCGUUUAAUCCGUAUUAAUCCGAACACUCGUUAACUUCGUUCGUACCCCGUUGUGUCUAUAUGCAUCUAUACAUAUACAUAUAUAUAUACACAUAUAUUGUGAUACAUACUUAUAUAUGUCGUACAAGUAAGUAGUACGUAUUCCGCUUUGGUCGUAAAAUUUGCGUUAUAAUUUAAAAAAAAGGAGGCAAAGAACGAAAAGAGGGCGAAAACAAGAAAGCGUGUAGCUUGAUCGUAGAAUCAGCAAGUAGACGGCAGAAAUAUUCAGAUAUUCGGAUUCUGUAAUGUGUAGAUGAUAAAACGUAGCUGUUAUCCUUGUGUAGUCUGUCUACCGAGAGACUUAGUCGCGGCGAAGUGAAUCAAAUUCGUAAGUGCGUAUUGUUACGCAAUUAACAGUUUUCUAACGAUCCUAAGAAUUCGGCGAGCGCGAUGGAGAACAUAUACAUACGAGAAGAAUUUUGUGCCAUUUAGAGAUGUCGACGGACAUUUAGCAAUCGAGAAAAUAAUCAAUUAAUAGCGAAAUCAAAGCGAAACGUUCACUGAGAAACGUGAAUGAGUUUAGAAAGGAAAAUAGAUAACAAUCUGUUUUAAAUAUCACAUAACAACAUCCGUAUUUUUUCAUUAAUGCACGUUUUAGCAUAGAAACUUAAACGCAACUCUUUAUUUAACAAAUUGAACUACGCACGAUAUUAACCACUGUACUUUAUUCUUAGUACUAAAUUAGAAAAAAAUAAUUAUAGUUGUACUGUUAAGGAAAAAAACCAGUAAGAGAAUCAAAAACUUUUCACGAAACAUACAUGUACUUUAAGGAGAUAACAUAAUUGGCGUUAAAAGGAAUUUUGAUUUCUAUUCAAAUUAAGUGAAUAAGAACAGAAUAACAAAGUUAAAAAGUUUCCAAUGGAAAUUAGAUUCCUUCUAACUCCGUUUAUUUUACGCGGGAAGAUUGAUUUACUUUUGUAAAAGGAUAGUAGCUGAUCUCGAAGACUGUCGUGCGAAUUAUCUAGCAGGGAAAAUUGCUGGUGUUGCCGUACCAGUGUAUAAAACUUUCCCGUAUGUAUGUGUGCUCGUCGUAUGAUCUGAGAAAGCAUCUUAGUUCAGUAGUCGUAGCUGAACACACUAUUUUUGAUCCGCGAGUGACGAUAGGGCUGAGCCGACUAGGCGCCUACUCAACAAAUUGAUUGCUCGUACCUACAGUUAAAUGCCGUAGUCAUUCCCGUUAAGCUCGAGUGCUUCUUGUUCCAUUUAAUGAUUAGUGGCGGGGUGGUGGGAUCGCACGUGUCCCCCCGCAUGCCAAAUGACACAACACACAACACUCGGAUCCGAACAAAGUCGAGGGCACAAGUGGUCUCGAUCCGAACCUAUUCGGAAUAUUUGAUACGUCCGAGAGGCGAGACUGUUAUUAUUUUAACUCUUAUCGCGUAUCACAUAAACUUAUAAUUGAUAUAAGAUGGGGCUGCUGUAUUUUUACACGGACUUUGUACAAAAUAUAACGGAGGAGCUCUCGCGGGAAAAUCCCGCGCCGGCGAGAUAUGUACAUACCUGUAUACCAAUAAAUACUAGACGAAAUGUG